GAGUUACAGUAAAAAUAAAACAAUCCCUUUAGAUAAUUUGAGGGAAAAGAGAGAAAAAUCUGUACAGUUUAAAGAAGAAACUCAAACAUCAAACUCCCGGCAAACUAAAACAGGAAGUUACGUCACUCAGGACACGUGAUAAUAAUACAGAGGCGCACGCAGGGCACGAACAACACACACGAACACAUCUACCUCUUUCACACACACACACACACACACACACUCUCUCUCUCUCUCUCUCUCUCUCUCUCUCUCUCUCUCUCUCACACAGACACACACACACACACGGACAGGCGAACAUGGUGCCUCCGGCUGAAAAAGGGUAUUACCGCUUUGUGGUUCUGUUCUUUAACUGCAUGCUGACGUUUGGAUCCUACUUCUGCUUCGACAUCCCAAGUGUCCUACAGCAGCAGUUCCAAGGGAACCUGACGUGUGUGAACUCCACGCUGGUAAAUGAGACUGUGGAGUGUGUGGAAGGACUCGGGAUGACCCCACAGGAGUACAACCUGCUGUACGCUAUCUACGCAUGGACGAAUGCAGUGGUGGUGAUCAUGGCAGGAUUCCUGAUCGACAAACUGGGAAACCGCUUCGGCGUGUUCCUUUUCUCCUUCCUGUGUGUGUUAGGUUCCUCCAUCUUUGCUCUCGGGUCUCAUUUUAAAGCAAGUCCGUACCUCCUGCCACUCAUGCUCACGGGUCGCCUGCUGUUCGGCUCCGGGAACGGCUCUCUGACAAUUGUACAGAACCGGAUCACAGCGUUCUGGUUCAGAGGGAAGGAGUUAGCGUUAGCGUUUGGACUCACGCUAGCUUUCUCUCGACUCGGCUCCGUUCUCAACUUUUUCUUCACUCAGCGCUUCGAGGCUCAGUACGGCAUGCAGUGGACACUGUGGGGGGGUACACUCCUGUGUGUGCUGGGUUUCCUCUCAGCUAUAACAGUCAGUGUUCUGGACAAAGUGGGAAUGAAGCAGCUGGGACUGGACGGAACCAUACAGGAGGAGUCACGCAAAGUGAGGGUACAGGAUGUGCGACUGCUCUCUCUGCGUUACUGGUUGCUGGUUUUCACCAUCAUGUUUUUCUACAAUGAUUUUCCCUUCAUUGCUGAUGCCAGUAAGUUUAUUCAGGAUAAGUAUGAGGGAUACAGUCAGAAGCAGGCGGCCUACAUUACAGGUGCUGUGUACGACAGCUCACUGGUGUUAUCAGCUGUUGUGGGCAUUCUCAUAGACUAUGUGGGACUGCGUGGUGUGUUUGCCCUGUUGUGUGCAGUGUGUACACUUCCUGUGUUUGGGUUGUUGGCUUUCACCUUCGUCCCUCCGCUCAUCUCCACCAUCUGGCUCGGGAUCACCUACUCCUUUGCUGCAGCCAGUAUGUGGCCCUCCAUCCCCCUGGUGGUUCCACGCUCCACUCUGGGGACAGCGAUGGGUUUGGCCACGUCGGUGCAGAUGAUCGGGAUCGGACUGUGUAACCUCAUCGUGGGAGAGAUCCUGGGGGAGAAGAACAGUGAUGCUAAGAUUCCCCUGUGGCGAUGGCAGCGAAUGAUGAUCUUCAUGUUGGCGAACACCAUCGGCUGCAUCGUCACAUCUACUGUACUGAACAUCAUCGACCGGAGAGAGGGAGGAACGUUGAAUAAGAUGACGAAGAGAUCAGCGUUGCAGGAGCCUGAGGUUCAGACAGACAGAGAGAGACUCAUCACUGAUGCAGAGUACACAGGAGAGAGACAACACCAACACCUGAACCUGUCUGUCUCUCUCCACCACCACCACCACCACCUGUCUCUCUCCACCACCUGUCUCUCUCCACCACCUGUCUCUCUCCACUACCUGUCUCUCUCCACCACCACCGCUGUGGUAUAA